AGCAUGAUAACCGUUCCUCUCUAUCCCCCCUGUCUUAAUAAUUCCCUUCCCAAAGACCCAAGACACUUGUCCAGAUUCUUUGUGAAGGCCAUCAGACAUAUCUCCCAACUCUCAUAUCCGAGUCGACAAGACAGACCACGACAACUUCUCUCCUGCUAGGCCAAAGGGCUGCCUGCCACACCACAUCUCGUGCCGUGCCCCUGCCGUACCCGUACCCGUACCUACUACACCUACCCCCACGCACGCAGCCCAGUCCCCAAACUCGUGCCCCAACGGGCCAGCCUUUCUCCUGCUUGGUACAACCAAGCCACAUUCCUCAUCACAAGACCAAGCCUUAGCCCGAGCCUUAGCUCCAGCCGCUCUGUGCCGUCGCCCAAGAUGCUUACCACCGCCGUAAAACAAGCAAACCGCAAUGUCGCCCGUCGUGACUCCAAGAGGUUUCACUUCGGCCACGAAGUAGGCACAAUCAGUCUCGAGGGCACUCCCAUCGACGAGAAGUCAGAUGCCAUCUCUGUCGACUACAUUGAGUGCCGUGAAGAGCCAGAUACCCCUGCUGGCAGACAGCCAGGCCAGAUGCACCAUGACUACCUCCCCAGGGGGAUCGACUCGACCGAGGUGGAGAAGAAGGAGCAUUGGUUCGUCGGCGCUGUCGACCAGGGUACCACCUCCUCCAGGUUCCUCAUCUUCAACGAGAAGGGUGAGCCUGUUGCCAACCACCAGAUCGAGUUCGACAACCUGUACCCCCAGUCUGGAUGGCACGAGCAUGACCCCAUCGAGCUCCUCACCUCUGUUGAGGAGUGCAUAGAGGGCGCCAUGAAGCAGUUCAACGAGAAGGGUCAUACUGCCAAGGAGAUCAAGUCGAUAGGAAUCACCAACCAGCGUGAGACAACCGUGGUCUGGGACAAGACCACCGGUGAGCCCCUUCACAACGCCAUUGUCUGGCCAGACACCAGAACCGCGCACCUUGUGCGCGAGCUCAAGAGCCAGCCUGGCGCCGACGACCUGACCGAGAUUUGCGGCCUGCCCCUGAGCACCUACCCAUCCAGCGUCAAGCUGCUGUGGCUCAUUGAGAACAUCCCCGCUGUCAAGGCCGCAUAUGAGGAGAGCCGCUUGGCUUUCGGAACCGUCGACUCUUGGCUCAUCUACAGGCUCAACGGCGGCGCUGACGCCGAGAAGCCUGUUCACGUCACCGACACCACCAACGCCUCCCGCACCAUGUUUAUGAACCUUCGCACCACAAAGUAUGACCUGAAGUCGCUCGACUUCUUCGGCAUCGACCCCAACAAGUGCGCUCUGCCCGACAUUGUGCCCUCCUCGGAUGACAAGGCCUAUGGCAAGCUUGCCAGGGGUUCCCUCGCUGGUGUCCCCAUUGCCGGCUGCCUGGGUGACCAGUCCAGUGCCCUCGUCGGACAGUGUGGCUUCGAGCCUGGCCAGGCCAAGAACACAUACGGCACCGGCUGCUUCCUCCUCUACAACGUCGGUACCGAGCCCGUCAUUUCCAAGCAUGGCCUGCUGGCGACCGUCGCAUACGACUUCGGUAAGGGCCACCCACCAGUGUAUGCCCUGGAGGGUAGCGUCGCCGUCGCUGGUGCUGGUGUCAAGUACCUCAUCAACAACAUGGGUUUCUUCGACAAGUCAGAAGAGAUUGAGGCGGUGGCUACCAGUGUUGAAGACAACGGUGGUGUCGUCUUCGUCACCGCUUUCAGUGGGCUGUUCGCACCCUACUGGAUCGACGAUGCCAAGGGAACCAUCUUUGGCAUGACCCAGCACACCAAGAAGGGCCACAUCGCUCGCGCCACCCUCGAGGCCACAUGCUACCAGAACCAGGCCAUCCUCCAGGCCAUGGAGUUGGACAGCGGCAAGAAGCUGCAGGUCAUCUCCGUCGACGGUGGUCUUUCCAACUCGGACCUCUGCAUGCAGACUCAGGCCAACAUCAGCGGCAUCCCCGUUGACAGGCCAGCCAUGCGGGAGACUACAGCCCUCGGUGCUGCCAUCGCCGCCGGUCUCGCCACGGGUGUGUGGGCCGAGCUGAACGACCUGAGCGAGGUCAACCGGCAGGGAAGAGUGCAGUUCGAGCCCCAGAUUAGCGAGGAAAAGAGGACCAAGAUGUUCAAGAAGUGGGAGCAGGCCGUGGAGAUGAGCCGUGGCUGGGUCACGGACGACUGCGAAUGAGCUAGCCGCUCCCACACCUGGAAGCGUCGGGGGGUGCCUUGAGCGUCUCCAGUAAAAUAAUGUCUCUCUUCCUUCGGUUGAUUUGGGCUGGUUUGGGAAUAAGCGUGUUGGUCUUCUUUAUUAUUGAAUCGCGAUACCAGGGACACGAUGGUGUUUGGAAUGGUUUGGAGUCUUC